UAUUUAUAAAUCAUACAACAUAGUCGUUCCAUGGAAAUUGCGCCACAUGAAAACAUGUAGACGAAUUUUAGAAUUGAUUUACGGCGAAGAUUAGGUUUAUCAGUCUGGGAGAUUCUCGGUUUGGCAGGCGACUGAAAUGGAUUUAGUCGACAUGGAGAUGCGAUUUCAGAACCAGAUGAUGAAUGUUUGGAGGAGACAUCGCAUACGCCAUGCACAAGAUAUUUUUCCAGUUCGUCCAGCAGAACCAGGAAAGCCGCGUUAUGAAAGGGUCAUGGUGGAUGGUGAUGUUGUAAGCUAUCUAGCAAACCCACACAAUCAAGUGGGAAUAUACAUUGCCUCUGAUCCCCUAUCCUCAGAAGAUUAUUAUUUUGAAGUUGAAAUCCUAGACAGUGGAAACUUAGCAACUAUAGGUGUUGGUCUGGUACCUCAGAGGUAUCCAACAGACUCCCAGCCUGGGUGGAGAGCCUUCUCUGUGGGUUACCAUGCAGAUGAUGGAAAAUUGUACAAAGCCAAUGGAUUUGGUAAACCUUUUGGUCCCAAGUCCCAGGCUGGGGAUAGAAUAGGUUGUGGAAUCAAAUUUCCAAAGCCCAAUGCUGACCAGGAAAACCCCGCAGCUCAGAACAUGGCCAAGGUCUUCUUCACACACAAUGGGAAAGAGGUUGGCAUUGUCAUGACAAUGUUACCACCAGACGGGAACCUCUACCCCGCAGUAGGUAUGCACUCCGAGGGAGAGGAGGUCAAGGUCAUGCUUGACGCAGAGUGGCACUACGAGGAUCUGGAGUUAAUGGCGGUGGAUGAUGGGGAGGAUGAUUGGUCUCGUCUCCAUGAUGUCAAACUCAACGGCACGAUGUUGGAGUAUUCUGGCAGAGGAAAAAGCAUCCAUGAUGUAGGACUAGCUCAGGCCAGGUUUCCUCUAGAUACCACGAAUCAUUACUACGAAAUCGAAAUUGUUGACCCUGGAGAAAACUGUUAUAUUGCUAUAGGAAUUGCUAGAAGGAAUUAUCCGAAAAAUCGACAUCCUGGGUGGAACAAAGGCUCAGUAGCUUAUCAUGCAGAUGAUGGUAAAAUAUUUGUUGGCUCUGGGGUGGGUGAGCCAUUUGGUCCCAAAUGUCAUAAAGGUGAUAUCAUGGGUUGUGGAAUCCUGUUCCCUAAUGACUAUGACAGUGAAGCAGACAGCGAUCAGUCUCCGGAUGAUCCGGAUGUCAGUAAUCGAGAACUGGAUCUGGAUGAAUAUCCCUCAGACUCGGACUCCGAGGAUGAGAACAUGUGGUGGAGACACGGCAACGAUGAACAGGGAACCAAAGUACAGGUAUUUUUCACAAGAAAUGGAAAAAUCGUAGGUACGAAACAGGUUUCUAUACCAAAAGGUGGAUUUUUCCCGACAGUUGGAAUGCUUAGUAGCUGUGAAAAGGUGCGAGUGGACUUGCAUCCUUUGACAGGAUGACCUAUGUAAUCUUUAGGCUUUUUCCCUACAAGUAUUUCAUAGUUGAUAUAUUCCAAUAGCUUAAGUAAGUCCCACAGAACACAAUGCAAUGGAAACUUGACACUUUUGCCAACCUUUGUUCACGGAAUACUGGCAAUAUUCUGCACUCAGUGACAAGAAGGGAAUUUUCAUGGUUGGCAGUAGAUUUGCCACGAAUAAAGAGAAAUCAGGAUUUUGACCAAAUUCAAAGGAAAAGUGUAGUUUUUCUGAUCAAAACAUGUUAGUAUGUCUCAACUGACAAAGAGCUACAUUCCGUACCAUGGAGGGAUAAUUACAAAACAGGGUUUGGUUUUAUAUUUUGUCUGGAAUUAUGGUAAAUUCAAGUUUAAACAAUAUCAACAAUUCAGUAUUUCUAAUACAGGAUAAUGUUGGGGGGUGGGGGGUGGGGGGCUUAAAAAACCUGUAAUUUGUGAACUCAUAAUGUUUGGUCAUUAUGCGAGUCUUUUGAAAGCUACUCAUAUUUUUUUUCUUAAGUAAGAAUUGUAUUGAUCGGUUCAUUCUUUCAUUAGGAAGGGAAGGGCGACGGGGAGCGCUUACUUACUUUCUGCCCAUUAAGCUCUCUGGCAUGUAGGGCAGCAACGAAGUCUCUCCAUCCCUGUCUGUCGGUUGCCUUCUUUUGCAGAGUUCCCCAGGUUUGAUGGUAAGAUUUCAUAUCUGCUUCUACUGUUUGUCUCCAUGUUAUCGUAGACCUUCCUCUCUUUCAUUUCCCCUCAGGUGUCCAAAACAGGGCUGUUCUUGAGAUGUUAUCAUGGUCUUUACGAAGGACAUGGCCUAUCCAUUUCCAUCGUCUCUUUGUUAUGAUCAUGGCCAUGUUUUCUUGUUGACAUCUGUUGAGAAGGUCUUCAUUUGAUAUCUUCUGUGGCCAGAAGAUUCUUAAGACGGUGAGCGCAGUGGAAUUUUUUUUAUUCAAUUUUUUUUUUUAAUUUCACAUUUGAAUUGCACUAUUGCCUGAAUAAUAUUGAAUAAGCACACAUUUAAGACUGUGCCACACUUUGUGCCAAAAAGUGCCAUCCAAUUUUUGUUUUGUUUUCAAAAUCCAUGUUAGCUUUUGCUAAAACAGGCAUAGUGUGUGCAGGAUGUCUGUUUGUUCUUCAACUGAUUUCGAGUGAUAAUGAAUUUUUGAUUGAGUAUAAAGUGGUAAGUGUUUUAAACAUGUUUUAAACAUUGAGAUGGAUAUCCAGGGACUGUUCCAUUGAGUAUGUUAACUUUCAUUUUGAAGCAGUCUUUACUACAAAAUCCAACAUAUCGGGAACAGUAGCACUGCAGAUAUCAAUGAUAUCAAGAUGGACUUGAUACUAAAUGAGCUGUGAUAUCCCUAUUACAUAUUUUAUUAACAUGUUUGUAGUUUUUUGAAAGAGCGGACUCAUUUCUGAAUUUAUAUCCCAUUUGAUUGAAACAGGUUUGAAUGUAUUAUGCAUUUUUUUGGUUGUUCUUGAGGUAAUGAAAUAUUUUUGUCUUAGCUGUCCUGUUUUUAUCAUGUUUUUGUGUUACUGAUGAUUUUUUUGGUAACAAAUACGAAUGUUGUUGAAUACAGUUUGAAAGGUGACGUUUUGCUGUUCUUCUGUCACUACAGUGAAUUAUUUUUAUUUUUUUUUGUUCAUUGACACACAAGGUUAGGAUAGAUCUUAAGGGUAAUUGGUAUACUGGCAUGAUGAAACAUAUUAUCAUCUAUUGGAAAAAAAGAUAUAUUUCCUUCAAUUACAGGCUUUCAAAUGGGCCCUUAUUUUUCUACAACAGCCCUUAUUUGAGCUUUAGAAUCCUAAAAAAGCCCUAAUUUUUUGUUAAAAUUCCUACAUUUUCAAAUUUUGAAAGUUUAAAUAAAUUUGACAUAAAGUAAGUGUUGGAAUUUAUUAAAUUUAGUCUUAGUAUACUUUCAGAAAAUGAAUAUGUUGAUUAAAUGUACAUCUCAGAAGACAUCUUGAUGGUUAUCAGCUAUAUUCAGCAUUGAUUGUGAGCCAUGGGAGUCCACCUGGUUUGUGCUGAAUAUGGCUGUUGAUGACCACUGGUAUGAUAUUCUGAGUGGGUAGUUAGUUUUUGUAUUAUUGUUCUUGCAAAUGGUGAGUAAAACAUUUUUUCUUUCCUAUUGAUUUGUAAAUUUAACCCUUAUUUUUGUCUAAAAAGCCCUAAAAAAGGCCCUUAUUUUUUGAUAAUUUUGCCCUAAAAACGGCCCUUAUUUUUUGCAAAAUGUCACUUGAAAGCCUGCAAUUAUUUUGGGACAAAUACCUCUACUUUUUAUACCGAUUGAUUGCUGAUACAUAUACCGGUAUGAUAAUUUAAUUUAUAGAAUAAGUAAUCUAGGUCCUUCCUAUUAAUUACACUUCCUGUUAGUUAUACUUUCUGUUGUUAAACACAGAUUUUAUUAGACUCCUAUUAGGAAGUGGAAUUAACAUUCUCAUGCAUGUAUUUUGAGUUGCCAAUUGACAUAAACAGGGUUAGUAUCCCCUAGCAACAGAAUUAGCUGGGACAAUGUUGUGUUUGUAUGUGAGGGUGAGAGCUUACAUAAUGCUGAUAGAAAAAUUAUCUCCGAUAUUUUCAGAAGAGAUCUGAUUUGCAAUUUACCGUACUCCAUAUUUAAAAACUUUAGGGCUGAAGUAAAACUGCUAGUUCUACAGUUGAGCUUUGGUGUCUGGAACAUCGAUAUCUCGAAUGCCAUGGAUAUGUCAAAGUGAUUCAGAAGUCCCAACCAUUUAUUCUUUAAGUAUUUUACCCUCGAUAUCUCGAAUGCCAUGGAUAUGUCAAAGUGAUUCAGAAGUCCCAACCAUUUAUUCUUUAAGUAUUUUACCCUCGAUAUCUCGAAUCCAUGGACAUCUCAAAGUUUUUCUUGGUCCCGUCGAGUUUGAGAUAAUGAGGUUUGACUGUAGUGAAAAUAUCUACCCAUUGUCAUAUACAACAGAAAUGUAAAGUCAAAAAAGUGAAAUAGAAGUGUUUAAAAAGUCAUGAUUAUGCCUAAUUGUGCAUCGGCUUCAACUACUCUUAAGUUUUCAGUUUGCUAAACUAUAUUCUUUAUUGUGCACAUUUUAAGUCAAAUUCUUGUUUACUCUUUACUGUCAGAUUGUGUCAUAUUUGUGCAUAUAUCAGUUCACAUUGGUCUAUAAUAUGAUAUGUGUAAAUAAAAGUUACAAAACCUUGCAUUGAUGAUUCGGAAAAAACAACUGAAAAAAACCCCAAAAACUUAAAAAACAAGCAGCCUGGCAGUAUAAGAUGCGAGUCUAGGUUAUUUAUUGGGGUUUUAUUUGACGGCUUUCUCUAAACGAAUGAUGGAGAAGAAUGUGAUGGGUAUUUGUAGGUAUGAUAAUUUUCAGUUUUGACUUGCAUGUACCAGUAUGCAGGGUAUACUCAUUACCCAGUGUGAGUGGCAUUGUUUCUGUUGUGUCUUGUUGUUACACAUAAUUUGUUGUUUGUUUCCACAAAUAUGUAUAUUAUCGAAAAAUAGUAUUUUUCUAAUUCAAAUAUUGUUAGUGUUUUGUGUUAGAUUUUUAAAUUUGAAAACAAAAAUUUAUAUACAUUAUAUAUAUGUAAUAGAAUUAAAUAAAUGGUGUAAGAAUGUCCAGAAAAUACACAUUUUCAUUAUAUAUAUAUGUGUUAUAAAAAUAAAUAAAUGGUGUAAGAAUGGCAAGAAAAUAAACAGUUUCAUUAGAAAUCGUGUUAUGGAGGACCAGGCCUCAUUCCUUGCAAUUUGUUAAUUUUAUAACUAUAGUUGAACUUCGUUAUCUUGAACAUCAAUAUGUCGAAAACCAUGUAUAUGUCAAAAACCAUGGAUAUGGCGAAGUAAGUUGGAAGUCCCAACUACAUUUUUAAAUGUAUUUUAACCCAAACAUCUCAGAUAUUUUGGAAGUUUUUUCUCUGCCCCGUUGAGUUUGUUGAGAUAACGAGGUUUGACUGUAAUUGAUUAAAAAACAAUGAACUAGGAUUGAAUUUUUGGCUGUUACAUGUAUGCUAAUGAUAAAAUGACCGCUCUGCUGAUUAAUGAGCCUUGGAUUUGAUGUCUCAAAUAUAAUUUACAGUAAUACCUUAUGAUCAUGUAUCAGGCAAAAAAGUGGGUUUUUCCCUCUUAAAUAAACGCUAUAUUUUAGAAUUGAUAAUGAUUUUAAAUCAUUUUUGGUUGAUGUUACCUCUGGUAUUCUACAAGAUUUAGAGAUCAUCUACUAUAUAGUACAAGAUUAUGUAACACCAAUAAUUAUCAUGUGGGUUUGUUGAAGUUAGAAAUAUAAGGUACCAUCGUAUCAUUCUCAGUUUAAGUUCAUCAUUUACUUGUUUUAUAUGAUGGCAGUUUGGAUCAAUGUGUAAUUUUAUUAUGAGACUUCAUUACAUGUACAGUAUUAUAUAUAUUAUUUAUUCAUGUUAUAUGUAUCCCUUUUGUCGUGUGGAGACUGGAAGACUGAAGUUUAUUGGGUAGCAUGUUCAAAGAUGUCAUACAAGUUACGGUUGUUAUGCCAUUUGAAGUGAAUAAAAUGCUUCCUGCUUUUUGGAA